AAAAGUACACCGAAUGGUAUCCAGAAUCAACAAAAAUGGCGGCGUUUAACGCAUUAUCAAUAUUGACAUCUUUAUUUUCCAUUUAUAUCUGCUAUAGUUAUGCUCAAUUGUUUAAUCCAAUACCACUUGAAGAUGUGUCUAGCUGUACUACAGUGGGAACAGUGCGGCAAUAUUAUGAUGUUACAACUUUGAGUUGUAAAGAUUGUUCUCAAGAUGAAACUUUUCAGGUUACGAGCUCUGAUGGUUACUCCUGUAUUUGUAAGCAAGGUUACAAGUACAUACAGAACUAUGGUGGAGGUAAUAUUACAUGCGAGGCUUGUCCAACUGGUCAGGUCGCCUCGUCUUCUGGGUUCAAUUGUUUGAAAUGUCCAGGAGGAAUAGAUGAAACGACUAAAACAUGUACAUCUUGCUCCAAUAACUUAGAAAUCAGUCCAGAGCGUGACCUUCUAGGACAGUGGUAUACAGACGGAGGAGAUAAUACAAUAAAUUGUCAAACAUGUACAGCUGGUACCCAGCCUAGUGCUGAUAACACAAGAUGUCAGAAAUGUACCAAUGUUUACCCAUUAAGUGGAGAUAACAGCUGUGAUUGUACUGGGAAAGAAAGGACUGGAGGAUUUUGUCUACCAUCUGGAAACUUAGCAAACAUUCCUACUGGGGAUGAUGGAAUGCUUAUGAUACCCCCUUCUGGUGAAGCUUCUGAAUUUUUCUCUCACAACUUGGUUUCAUCAUAUGCCUUAUGUAAAUUCUACAAAAACCAGACAGCUUGUACUGUGUUAGCAAAUAUGUGUGUUCUCACUGAGUAUCGGUAUAGGAAUAAAGCUUUUUCAACUGCUACCCUAAAUAAUGCCUGUGAGAUGUAUCUUAGUGCAUUGAUUUCAAGACCACUAGAGGUUCCACGUUUAUAUUAUGCCACAAUAGGCUUUCAGAUAGCUUCACAGAUUAACCCAACAGAUGGCGAUGAUGUGUUACGUGAUGAUCGUCUUCAAACACGGUACACAUUUAGUCCCGAGUCAAGGCUAGAGUAUAGGUUAGCAACAUACUCUUUAGAUGGAAAAUAUCUUGGUUUGAAUACAGCUCAAAAUGGUCGUAUACAACUGUGUACUGAUACUACAGAAAAACUGGAUGCAGCCUUUGUGUUUGGUACAACUUAUUCACAGUCUUGUAAGAUAGCAGCAAUCGACCUCUGGGAUAAGAGUAAAUACCAAGUUGAGUUUUUUGAUGUGUAUAUAGAGAUUACAGAAGAUGGCGAGAAGAAGUUAUUCCCUAUACCAGUCAAUGUACUUAAUUACUACAGUCUUGACUUGUCAAAAGAAAUUAAUAGAGAUGAAGAAGUAGAUAUGCAGUUAUUUAGAAGAUUUUUCCUUGUGGAUAAUGUUGGAUUUAUUCCAACAACUGGUGGUGAAGCGACGCUUGUAAGGUAUGCUAAGAGUAUUAGAAUAGAUGUAGAAUUACAGACUGAUACAACACAAGGUGUAAUUUACCCUCCUGCCAUACAGGUAGAAUAUAGCACUGUUACACUGGCUGAUGCCCAAGCUGGAGUUGAAGUUGAGAUAUCAUUUGAUGUAGAUUACACCUAUUCAGACACUAGCUAUCGUAGAGAUUUCCAGAUUGCUGUAGGAACACUCAGUACUUUAGGUGUGAUUUAUGCUGGCUAUAGAUCCUGGGUCUGGUCCAAGAGGUCAGGACGUCCAAGUAUAGACUUUCCAACCAUUGCUAACUUUUUCUUCUUCUGUGCUGGAACCUUGGCCAAUGUCUUCUUUGUGGUCACAUUUGGAAUGGCUUUCUAUUGGUUCAUAUUUUUUAAGAGGCAAAGUGUUGUAUACCUUGUACAUCCAACAGACAAACAGUUACGGGACUGGUUAGGUUUAUUUGGGGCUGCAUUUGCCCUAAAAUUUCUAGAAGUUGCGCAUAUGAUAUUCUUGCAGUGUAGUAUAGAUGUGUUCUUCAUUGAUUGGGAACGGUCACGAGGUGUUAUUAGUAAUUCUGCUGAAACUACCAAAACAAAAGAGGUUCCAGUAUCUAUAUGGAGGACAUAUUUUGUUGCUAAUGAAUGGAAUGAGAUUCAAGCUGUACGAAAGAUCAACAAAACAUUCCAAGUGUGGGCAGCAGUGUUCUUCCUGGUUGUUGUUGGCUUUGAGAAUACUGCCACAAAGGAUCCUGAUGGAAGUGUUACAAAGGAUAGUAAUGCUUACAAGGCGGAAUACAGUCGUGUUUACAGAUACGCUGUGGCUGUUCUGGUCUAUAUUGUUAUAGGAGUGUUACAGUGGAUUUUCUUCACCUUUAUCUAUGAGAGAUUUUUUGAGGACAAGGUUCGUCAGUUUGUUGACCUUUGUUCAAUGAGUAACAUCAGUGUGUUUGUGAUGGCCCAUGCUCAGUUUGGUCACUAUAUACAUGGUAGAUCUGUACACGGCAAAGCUGAUACCAACAUGAAGGAAAUGGCUGAACUAAUGAAGAAGGAAGAGGAGGAUAUGUGUGGACAAAGAGGUCUGUUACCAAACACUGAACAACAGACAUUUGUUAUGGCAUUACCAAAAAGAUUAAGGCUUAGAUAUGAGGCUGUCCUUUUACCUGCUAAGUUAGAGAGUGCCGCAGCUGCUACGAGGGCAGAUUCAGGACGUGGGGGGAGGUUAUCUGGUUCAGCCAUGGAAAAACAAGUGGAAGCUUAUUGUACAAUAAACAGAUUCUUCUCAGCAUUCAUUGACAGGUCACUGAGAGAUAUGGACUAUGUGAUAAAAGACAAGACAAUCUUGGAGAGUAUCAUGGAUACAGAGUUUGAUGAUACAUCAGAAACUGGGGUCUUUUAUAAUGAUGAUGGUCAUUCAUUUGACAAUGUAUUAUUCUAUGGACAUGAGAUGACACUGUUACUGUUUGAUGUUCUCACAUUCUGUAUCAGUGAUCUUAUCUUCACUAACUUUGUUAUUGCCGGUGUCAUAACAUACCUUCUCUCAGAGAUUGUAUGUGUAGCCAGGGAUGGUGGAGGACAGAAAAAUUUAGCCAAGAAAACACUUGUUGAUGAAAGAUUCCUCAUCUAGAAUACAACAACUGUUUAGUGAUAUACAUGUAUAAAGUUGACGUGUUAAUCUGUGAAUGUGCUAGAAGUGUACACUAUUAUAUGAAGAAAUACUGAAAACCAAGUUCAGAAUAUGUGAUAUCUUUAUGUGAAUAUUCAGCAGUUAUUUAUAAUGAAGUUAGUUAUACAUUUUAUGUAAUGUUAUUUAUAUAUUUUAUUUAUGUUAGCUUGGAGGCACAUUAAAACUCAUUAAAUAUGUUUUACUUCUGUAGAAAGGGCAAACAUUUGUUUUAUUAUCUUGUAAACACAGAUUAAGAACAUGUGAAAUGCUUAUCACUUGAAAAAAGUAUCAUUGAAUGUUAAAUGAUUUGUGUUAAUGGUAGCAAAAUGUUAACAUGAUGUUUUGACUUCCAUACAAUAUACUAAAUUACUGUAAGUGUACUACAUGCCAAAACACAAGAGGAGCAGAAGCCGGCUUAGGUAUAUGGCCAUUGAGUAACUUGGUCACCAAAAAUAAAACGCUUUUUAUAAGAUAAUAGCAUUUUUGAGGCUUCAUGGGCCUUUAAGGAAAAACUAUCUCAAAUUUAAGCUCGGGCAACAUAUAUUGCUUUGAAGAAUAGUUUGUCUGAUACUAUUUAACUACAACAAAUGUAAUUCAGAUAUUUGUUAGUGUGUUUAAGUAAUUUUUCUCAACACCUUUUUCUUUAAGUGUAUAAAGCUGCACAAUUUGUUACAUGAAUUUUGAAAAAGAAUACUUUCAAAAUACCUGUAUGAAAGGAAAAUAUUUGUAUAUUACCUUGAGAGUAUGUGGCAGAUACAAAAUCAUUGCUAAACGGCUAAACCCUACAUAAAUAAGCAGAUAAUGUUUUAUUCAAGAACAUUUUAUUCUGUUUAUGUUCAUGUGUUAAAAAACAGAGAAAUUCUAUGCGACAACUUUUUCGAGAAUCUACCACACAGUAUGAAAACAAUAUAACUAUUCAAAAGAUUUUAUAAAAAAAAAAAACAAUUCUUUAGAUAUAGCUUUAUACCCUUUUAAAAAAUCAUAAAUGUGUUAUUAUGUGAAUGGCUGAGGUUACUGCCACUCUGAUGUUUGUUGGUAAUGUGAAGAUAUAUCUUCUUUCUUUUUUUAAUUCACAGCUACAUUUAUUUCAGCCAUAACCCAUUAUUAAAAAAUUAUGUCUUAAAAAAAACAUUUAUCUGAACUUGAAAAAGCAGGAACAUACAAAUUUCUGUGAACCUGUUGAUUAACAUGGAACUUUUUUUAUGCAAAUUGAGUACAACUAAUUAAGGUUCUCUUUUAUUCAUCAGUUUUGCUAUACAAAAUUAAUGUGAAAACAUGGCACUGAAAUUGAACUAUUGUUCAGUGGCUGAGAUCAUAAAUCAAUAAGUGGUUGUAUGACAUACAUGUGUGUUAAGUUUGCACGCUUUAAGUUUAUUAUUGUAGGUUGUGGGUCAUUUUCAAUGAUUAUAUUUAUAAUUUAUAUUGUUCUUCCAGAGUUUGUUCUUGUGUUUGAUAUGCUACCUCUUUAAUGGUAUCUGGGGAAAUUUCUUUUAUUAAAGCCUAAUUAUAGAUCCUCCAUUUAUUCACCUGAUAUCUUUAUGUGUAUAUAGAUAAUACCAAACUAUACGGUGUUUGAAUGUCGCUCAGAAUAUACAUAUCAACUUGUGCAUUAUAGAUAUAAGGGAUGUCAGAUAUAUUUCUUAUUAGCAAUAGGGAACAGUAUCUUUUGCAAAAUGUUUAUUUAAAAGUAAUUCAUUUGCCUUGCAUCCCAUUGAUUAAAAUUGGCAAUUGUGGAAAAUGUAGAAGUUACCAUCUAUGGGUGUUAUUAAUAAUCUGGAAGAAAGCCUGUAAACCAGACAGUUCAACCUCAGAUAUGAAUUUAUUGAAGGGUACUGUGACAACAAUUAGAAAUGUGGGCUACAGUCUGUUAUCAAUAGCGACAGCUUUGUUUACGGAUGAAUUUAAAAAGUAUCCAAUAAUUAUUACCAAGACUUUACAUAUUUGUUUAUUUUUAUUAGCUUGCAUCUCAUAUAGGCCUUAUAUUAGAUGUAGCCUCAACUGUGUAUGCAAUGCAUUCAGUUAUUUCAAACUAUGUAGUUGUGCCGUUUACUGUAUUUUUAUAUACAACUCGAUGAAUGUUAAUUUUCAGAUCAAUAACCUAUUAUGGUCAAUUUGAAAUAAAAAUGUGCGAUAUUAUAUACAUAUUUGUAAACCUUUUUCUUGAAUCUCUAUCUGCUGGUGCCUUAAAUAAAACGUUUUUAAAUGUACAAGACCAUUUUAGCAUCUUUCAGCUUUCUUGUGGCAACAUAAUUAAAAGUGAUAAUGUGUAAAACAGUUCCACAUUACCUGCCAUUUUGUGUUUUUAUACAUUGUAUCUUUUACUAAACUUUUGUUAAGAUAAAAUUGUGUAUGGUCCAAAAAUGUUUUUAAUUGUAGAUGAUGUAUUUGUUUACUAGUGAGUGCAUGAUGGAUUAUCCAGAAAAGUGAUUGCCAUAAAAACAUGCCUACAUUAAUGAAUUCAUUUAAAAUUUGCACAUGGACAUGUACCAGUUAUUUUGUACAACGAGUUUACAUAUAUCUUUCAAUAUUUUUUUCAGGAAACACAUACCGACAUAGUUACGGGAAAUAUAUACUUUAUAGAUGAGUAAAUGUAUAU